UUUCCUUUCUAUCUUUCUUUAAUCACUCUUCUUUUGAUAUCUUUUUUGAACUUUUCUUCUUUCCACCUCUCUAUAACUCCAUUUCCUUUCCUUCUUUUCCUUGUUUCUUUCUCUCAUUUGAAAAUCCGCGAAGCGCAGGGAACUGAAAAUCGCAGAAAAAUAGAAAGAACGCAGCAUCACCGCCAUGAAUAAAUCGCUCUCUAAAAACUCCGAGUCGUCGAAUAAGUUCGAGUCCCCGGUCCCGUUCCACACUUCACCGCGGUGGGAUGCCGCAAACACGCAGGGAUCGCCGAUAUACUGGUCGUCGGAGGAAUCGCCGGCGAAGCCCUUCGACAAUUCCAAGGCUAUCGUCGCCGUCGACAAGUUCACACAGUACACUCCCGAAAAAUCCACGAGGCGCCAGAAUCCGCCGCAUCAUUCGCCGGUCGUUCCUGCGCCACCACCGCCUCCUGUUAUGCCGCCGCAGAGGGAGUCGAAGGGGGAGUGGAGGAGGGAUGAGGCGUUGAGGAAGGCGGCGCUAGGGUUCCGGGUGAGCGAGGUUGUCGUGUGCCUGAUCUCCUUUUCGGUUAUGGCUUCCGAUAGGACUCAGGGUUGGAGUGGCGAUUCCUUUGAUCGCUACAGGGAAUAUAGGUAUUGCUUAUCUGUGAAUAUCAUUGCAUUUGCAUAUGCAGGAUUACAAGCAUUUGAUCUGGUUUAUCAACUAGUCACAGGGAAACACAUGAUCAACCACCACCUUCGCUCCCACUUUGAUUUCUUUGUUGAUCAGGUUUUAGCAUAUCUUCUGAUAUCGGCAUCAUCAUGUGCAGCCACCCGGGUCGAUGAUUGGCAAUCGAAUUGGGGGAAAGACGAGUUCACAGAGAUGGCAAGUGCUUCAAUUAGUAUGGCAUUCCUUGGUUUUGUUGCCUUUGCUAUUAGCUCAAUUAUCUCUGGGUACAUUCUUUGUACCCGCGGCUCCAUGUGAACUUAAUAAUAGUUAGUUUUCUCGUGUACUCAAGUUCUCUGUUGCUUUUUACCCUUUUCCUGUGUCGGAAUGUGCCUUCAAAAAAAAUGUUGAUGCUCGCUGUGUAGAUACAAUUCCACUAUUGUUUGUCUUUCAAAAGUAAGGGUGGAGAAGGUAACUUUCUUGUAAAAAAGUAGACUUAAAUAAUAUAUGAACUAAUUUGAUGAUUGA